AUGACAGCCAUGGCUUCUAAACUGGGAACUCUUAUUGGUGAUCAAGUUGGGGCUCGUCUAAUUGCACAUGCAGGCCGUUUAACAAAUCCGGCCAAAUAUCCAGCAUCUACAGUGCAGAUUUUGGGCGCUGAAAAGGCAGCAGUUGUUCAGGCUAAAGUAGCCAAGAAAGAGAAGAAAAAGAAGAAGGAGAAGAGGAAGUCCUCGGCUGAUGAUACCCUAGAUACGACACAGGAGGCCGAUACCACACAGGAGAUGAACAUUUCACAGGAGGAGCCCAAGAAGAAGAAGAAGAAACACAAAAGGAAGUCCGAGGGUGAGGGGGGCCUGGAUACCACCCAGGAGAUGGACACCACCCAAGAGGAGGAGCCACCCAAGAAGAAGAAGAAGAAGCCCAAGGUGGAGGCUGAGGAAGAAGAAUCGGAGGAGGAGGUGACAAAGAAGAAGAAAAAGAAGAAGAACAAGUAA